UGAUAAAAGAAGAUGGAUAGUGGGUAUAGCUUUGCCCCCACACCAUGCAGUGAUCAUUCAAAGAGACUUUGAUAAAGCCUCUCAACAUAACAAAGCUUUUCAGUCUCUACUUUAUAUAGUCACUAGAAACUAGUAAAAUACAGAACUUAUCUUCAACCAUAGAAGUCAUUCUCAAAAUCUCAUCUUCUUUGUUUUCUUCACACUUUAAGAGGAUCAUAACAUGUGUAGUAGAAGCCAUUUUUUGAAGAUAUCAUGCAUGGAAUGAGAAGCAGCUUCCUUAGAAAAAUGAAACUCAUUCCAACAAAAACAAACAUGAAACAAGGCCUUGUUUUUCAUCUCAACACCACAGAUAUGUUUUGUAUCCAAAAAUGUCCAACUUCACCAUUCUUUGAUGACCACAAAGGAAACGAUUCGAGGUGGACGUCGGCUCAGUCCGGAACAGGAAACAAUCCUGAUGGAAGUGAGAAGAAUAAUGAUGAUAAGAUACAUCAUUUGGAGGGACAAGCAUUCAACUUCAAAUUAGCUACAAAAGAGUAUCCAUCUCUUAAAAGUUUUGAAGAAAAAUGUCCACCUGGUGGAAGCAACUCAAUCAUUCUUUACACAACAAGUUUGAGAGGAAUAAGGAAAACAUUUCAAGAUUGCAACACAAUCCGUUUCUUGUUGAGAAGUUUAAGAAUAAUGUACCAUGAAAGGGACGUGUCUCUACAUUUGGAAUACAGACAAGAAUUGUGGAAUAUAUUGGGAGAGAAAGUGAUUCCUCCGAAGCUUUUUAUCAAAGGAAGGUACAUUGGAGGAGCUGAUGAAGUGAUUGGAUUGAAUGAAAUGGGCUGGCUUGCAAAGAUGUUGGAAGGAACACCAACUGUUGUUUCUAGUGAUUCUCUUUGCAUUGGUUGUGCUAACAUGGGAUUUACUAUUUGUUCGACAUGUUGUGGAAGUUGUAAGGUCUUCAUCAACAAUGGUGACAGCAGCAACAAUGAAUGUUUCCUUAGAUGUCAUGAUUGCAAUGAAAAUGGCCUUGUCAAAUGUCCCAUUUGUUGCUAGAAAUUGAUAUUUACUAAAAUGGCCCAAAAUUUAAUUGAUAUUACUAAAAUGGCCCAUUUGUUGCAUGAAAACAAAAUGUUAACCUGGUUUUUAUAGUAUAUUCUUGUAAUAUAUAUUUAAUUUUCCUUAGA